AUGGACUUUGUUGUGAUUCAUGGGUUCAUCCUGCAUUUAGUACGAAGCGAUCAAAAGUACUGUGUUUCAAAAAGAUGGGCAUAUAUUAAGCACGACAGUCUUUUUAUCUUUCCGAAUCAUCUAAACCGUAAGAACUGCCUUAAAAUUUUUCUCAAUCGUUGUGGUGUUUCUGUAUCAUAUCAAGAAGAUGAUACGCCCUGGAUAACAAUCACAGAGUACUCUGGAGCUACAUAUUAUAUCAGACCAGAAACAGAGAAGACUUUUCAAAACUGGCUAACUGCUAUUUACAAAGCAUCUAAAAAUUGCAAGUCACAGUCAGUGGGGCUUAAUAUGGAGUGCCGACCACAUUUCACAGAUCAACACUUGUCCAACUCAAUGGAACAGAAAAUCGUGACUUCGAAAAGAUUAAAUGAAAAAAGAAGUCUGGAUCAUUUAGGCCCUGAAUAUUCCAACAUUUAUCAAUCUGAUAACAAUGAACUCAAUGCUCAACCAUCACUGAAUUCAGCAGUUCAACCUAUCAACAGUAAUUAUUUGAAUAGAGAUUUGGAAACGAUUCAUUCAAGGCAGAAAAAUGUUAAAUAUGUUAGUGAAAAUACAUUGAGAAGUAAAAAUGUGCAAGUUGAAUAUAAACCGAAUGAAGAUAAACCACCACCUAGACCACCAAGAAAUCCACAUGUGUUACACACUGUUAAAGAACAUGCAAAUAUGCGUGAUGAUGAGAUUGUUGAGACAAAAGCUUUGACAAAUGUUAAACACCGAUAUCCUGUUACUGGUUUGGCUAAACGAAUGAGUAUUGCUGCAUCAGAUCUUUUAGGUAAAUCGCGUGAUGAUCUCAUUUUAUGGUAUGAAUAUUUCACUUAUCAAAUCGAUCAAAUUCAAUUGGUAAAAGGGAAUACAAAAGAAGCAAAAUCAGAUAUAACUGUAAUUCAGUCUGAGUUGAAUGAUGUAAUUGGUCAGUUGAAAUUAUCAGACCCAUUAAUAAAGUUUCUUGAUAAUAUGAUCCGUAUGGGUGAUGUUUACGGUGGUGAUGAUGUAUUAUUUGCUAGUGAAUAUCGAAGACAUCUAUUACCCUCUCAUGAGAUUGUUCCAUCAAAGCCAAGUUUAGAGUUUGCUCGCGACAUUGAAGAACGUGAAAUUGCUCGUGUUCUAAAUAAUUCAUUACGUCAUUCUCUACAUCGUACAAGUCCUCUAUCGGAUGGAAAUCAUUUCAGUCAACCAAUAACACCUAUUUCAUCAUCACCGUCACCAUCAUCAUCACCUUUCAAUAACUUAAAUGCAUCGAUUAUACCGAAAUUAGAUAAUAUGCCUGAACCGGUAGAAAUUCGAUUACAACGAAAACGUUUGGAACAGGAAUUAGCUAAUAUUGAAAAUCUAUGUGCUCCUCAUCAGUUGAUCCAUAGAAAAUUGAAGGAUACACAAAAAUCAAUUCGAUUAACUGAACGAAAUAAAUUGCCUACAGAACAAUCAAAUAAAUUUAAUUCCAAAGCACCAUCAGCUACUUUAUUACGUAGAUUACAUCAAGAUAAUAUACAUAAUCGUCAAUCAAAAUCUGCUAAUAAUUCAAUGAGACGUAAAUUAACUGGAUCUGAUUAUGCUGAAUUCUAUGAUGAUGUAUAUAAACGUCCCAAUACUGCAUUUGACCAUUAUUCACAAUCAUCAAUAAAAAAUAAAUCAUACAAUAUUCAUCAUAAAUAUCAUUAUGAUAAUGGUGACAAUGAACCAAGUGAAGAUGAAGAUGGAAUUAAAACAUUUCGAAGUAUCCCAGAAAAUUUGAAUUUAUUUCCAAAUGAUACAUUAUUAUGA